AUGCAGCCAGCCCCGGGGGUGCUGCUGCCCACCCCGGCCCAGGAGGUGCUGGAGCAGGUGCUGAGGCAGCUCCAUGGCCCCUUGCCCUGCCUUGCCCCCAUUGCCCGCAUGCAGAAGGGGCCGGCUGGGGGGUACGAGCCAGCUGGGAAUGGUGGGGAUGUGCUGGAGCGGAGGCGCUUGGCCAAUGCCAAGGAAAGGAACAGGAUCAAGAACAUCAACAGUGGCUUCUCCAAGCUCAAGGCCUUGGUACCCCUGGUCCCCCGCAACCGCAAGCCCAGCAAAGUGGAUACCCUGAAGGCAGCCACCCAGUACAUCCGGCUGCUGAGGCUGGUGCUGGAGGAAACGGGGGGGCUCAAGCAGGAUGCUGAUGCCAACCAGGAGCUGGGUGACACUGCUGGGACCGGGCCUGGCACUGCCCACCCAUGUCCAUGGGGUGCCCCUCUGCUGCCCCCCAACCCUGGGCUGCUGCAGGAGAGUGGGGAGCUGAGGCCAGUGGAGGACCUGCUGUGA